ACGGUGAAUGCAUCACAAGUGUGAGUGAACCCGCUGACCAGCGUACCCGAAAGAGUAGUGGUGUGGGUGGUGGUGGUGGUUGUGGUGAUCAUGCAGGCAGUGGCGGUGCUGGUGGUGUGCUACUUCCAGAUGGUGACCUUGAGGCCUCUUUCCACAGACAACACGGACUGGCAGACGUCCCGCGCAGUGGCAGCAAUUCUGUCAACAAACCCGCCGUGUGAACACGCUACAUUGUUCCUCACAGACGGCAAGAAGGAGGCAGGGAUGGUGCAGGCUCCACGCGGGGUCACUUUCUUCCAGGCGGCAGCUGAAAACCUGAGUGUCCCGCGCAGCAAUGCAUCACACUCUUACCUGGCAAAAACAGUGGAUCAUGUUCGCCAGGCAAGUCACUUUCCAUCAAAUUUAUUUGAAAAUUAGUUUCUUACAUCAACACAUCUCUGUAAAACAUUUAGAGCGUGUAAUUUCGAUAGGUGGGA